AUGCUCGAGAUAGCAAUAAAGGCAGAAGAAGAUAUAGAAACAUGCUUAGCUAUAAGGGUACAAAAAGAUCAGCAUAUUAAACUUGCAGGUGAAGUAAGAAACAUAUUAAAUGACUGUAAAGGUAAAGUCAAAAGUGACGAAUCGUUAUUAGUAGCUACUUUUGAUUUGGAACGAACCCUGCCCCUUCCUUAUUUGAAUACUGGUGAGGUCUAUUAUUUAAGAGAACUGCAAAUGCUGAACUUUGGUAUUCAUGCUUAUACUAAGGAAGGAGAAAAAGUUCUCAUGAAUAUGUGGCCAGAACAUUGUGGGGCCAGAGGCUCACAAGAAAUUAUGUCGUCACUUCACUCCUUUUUAGAAGAUUCCGUGCCGGACACUGUGAAAUCACUGUGA